CUUAUCAACGGAAGUGAAGCGUCGUCUUCCCUCUCUUGGCUCAGCCUUCUUCGUUCGCUCUCUGUUCAAGAGACGAAAAAGAAGAAGAAAUGACGACCAGACAGUGAAAGAUUGGAAUUUUAAACUCAUUUAUUUCUCUCCGUUUACAUAAAUCCUAGCUCAGGCAGGGCAUCAAGAUGGCGACACCAGUGGCAGGGGACGGAGUCCUGGCGCUGAUCCCACAGGAGCCCGUGAGCUCCAUCGAUCCCGCCAACCCGUCUUCAUCUUCAUCUUCUUCUGCUACUUCGACUUCAGCGUCGAGCUGUAUGAAUUCGGCCGAGAAGUCGCCGAUAUUUAUAUUUCUUUUCUUCCAGAAGGCUAUCCGUUCAGAACUCGAACGGCUACACCGAGUCGCGAUUGCGUUUGCUACGGACGGAGUAGGCGACCUCCGCUGGCUCUCGGAGCGCUGUCGUUUCCUCUUCGACAUCUAUAAGCAUCAUUGCAAUGCAGAGGACGCGGUAAUCUUCCCUGCUCUUGACAUCAGAGUGAAGAAUGUGGCAAGGACGUAUUCUCUUGAGCAUGAGAGAGAAAAUGACCUUUUUGGUCAGUUGUUUGAUCUGCUAAGCUCAAACAUGCACGGUGAUGAUAGAUUUCUCAGAGAACUUGCUUCUCGUACUGGAGCAAUUAAGACAUCACUCAACCAGCACAUGUCUAAGGAGGAGCAACAGGUCUUUCCCCUGAUUAUUGAGAAGUUUUCCUUUGACGAGCAAGCUGAUCUGGUCUGGCAAUUUUUGUGUAGCAUCCCUGUGAACAUGAUGGCAGAGUUUCUCCCUUGGCUUUCAUCUUGUAUUUCACCUGAUGAACAUCAGGAUAUGUUAAAAUGUCUUCGCAAGAUAAUUCCAGGACAGAAGCUUCUUCAAGAAGUAGUAUUUACUUGGAUGGAAGGUAAAUGCAUCAAAGAGAAGAAUCAGGCCCAAAACUCCAUUGAUGAUUCCCACGUUGAAAAAUAUCUUGAUGCUGAACCUUGUAAAGUUCUUGAUCAAGCAGACGAACUAUAUUUUUCAUGGGAGCAUUCAAGAACUGGAAAGAGGAAACAUGCGGAGCCAGAUUACAGCUCUACUGGUUUUCUUGGGAGCCAACCAAUAAAUGAGAUAUUGCUCUGGCAUAAUGCUAUUAAGCAUGAGUUGAGUGAUAUAGCAGAAGAGGCAAGAAAGAUCCAACUUUCUUCAGGUUUCCAUGACUUGUCUAAGUUUGGUGAAAGACUGCAAUUUAUUGCUGACGUUUGCAUCUUUCAUAGCAUAGCUGAAGAUCAAGUUAUCUUUCCAGCAGUUGAUGGAGAAGUGUCUUUUAUACAGGAGCAUGCAGAAGAGGAAAGCCAAUUUAACAAAAUCAGGCUUUUGAUUGAAAAAAUCAAAAGUACAGGAACAAAUUCGAGCACUGCUGACUUCUAUUUGAAGUUAUGUUCAUAUGCAGAUCAGAUGAUGGAAGCCAUCCAGAAGCAUUUCGUUAAUGAAGAAGUUGAGGUUCUUCCCCUUGCCAGGAUGCAUUUCUCUCCAGACAAGCAGCGUGAGCUACUGUAUAAGAGUUUAUGUGUGAUGCCUUUGAGAUUAUUAGAACGUGCUUUACCCUGGUUGGUUUCCAUGCUUACUCAUGAGCAGGCAAAGUCUUUCCUCCACAAUAUACAUUUGGCAGCUCCACCAUCCGACACUGCAUUGGUGACUCUUUUCUCCGGUUGGGCAUGUAAAGGUCGGACUAGGGAUAUCUCUAGCCCUGGCAAAUUUAUAUGCUUGUCUUCAGAGGCAACUGGUUGCUUCUUGUCAGAAAGGAAGGAUAUAGAAUCAGAUUUUAGUCUGGGAAGUUGUAAAUGUGCCUGCUCACAUAGAAACCUACUUCUAUCACAUUCACAACAUGAACAGAUGGCGAGUCAAAGAAGUCCAUUGAAGCGACAUGAUGCCGGCAGAUCAUCCCCAAAUGCCUCUGAUAGUUGUCAUACAGGCAAAAUGGAGGCUAAUGAUUUGUGCAGUACUACUUGUUGUGUACCUGGGUUAGGCGUUGAUUGCAGUAACUUAAGACUUAGUUCCCUGGCUACUGGGAAAUCACUGCGAUCAUUGUCUUACAAUUCAACUGUCCCUUCUCUUAAUUCUAGUCUUUUCCUCUGGGAAACUGACACAUUGUCAUCCAAUAUGGAUUGUUCGAUCAGACCGAUUGAUAAUAUUUUCAAAUUUCAUAAAGCAAUUCAAAAGGAUUUAGAGUAUCUGGAUGUUGAAUCUGGAAAGAUUAUAGAUUGUGAUGAGACUUUUCUGCGUCAGUUCAGUGGAAGAUUUCGUUUACUUUGGGGUCUGUACAGAGCUCAUAGUAAUGCUGAGGAUGACAUUGUUUUCCCUGCAUUAGAGUCAAGAGAGACUCUUCACAAUGUCAGCCAUUCAUACACUCUUGAUCACAAGCAGGAGGAGAAGCUAUUCAAAGAUAUAUCUGAAAUUCUUUCAGAGCUUUCAGAGUUGCAUGAUAGCGUGACCCGUACAGAUGCCAUACCUGAGGAAGGAAUUGUCUGUAAUUCAUCUUGUCAUGAGACGAGCUGGAAAAGAAAGCAUAAUGAACUUGCUACAAAACUUCAGGGAAUGUGUAAAUCUAUACGAGUUACACUGGACCAGCAUGUUUUCAUGGAAGAGCUCGAGUUAUGGCCUCUAUUUGACAAGCAUUUUUCAGUUGAGGAGCAAGAUAAGAUUGUUGGUCGAAUUAUUGGAACAACCGGGGCAGAGGUCCUCCAGUCAAUGUUGCCAUGGGUUACCUCUGCACUCACCCAGGAGGAGCAGAAUAUGAUGAUGGAUACUUGGAGGAAGGCAACCAAAAAUACUAUGUUCAAUGAGUGGUUAAAUGAGUGGUGGAAUGUUGCUCCAAAUUGUGCUCAGGCUUCAGUAGAUCAUGGGACUGUUUAUCACGAAAGUCUUGACAAAAGUGACCGUAUGUUCAAGCCUGGAUGGAAAGAUAUUUUUAGAAUGAAUCAAAAUGAGCUAGAGGCUGAAGUACGGAAGGUUUCUCGAGACCCAACCCUUGAUCCACGAAGAAAAGCGUAUCUUAUUCAAAAUCUUAUGACCAGCCGCUGGAUAGCUGCUCAACAAAAGUUAACUCAAAAUAAAACUGAAGACAAUGAUGGUAAAGAUAUUCGGGGUUGUUCUCCGUCAUUCCGGGAUCCAGAGAAGUUAAUAUAUGGAUGUGAGCACUACAAAAGAAACUGCAAGCUUCUGUCUGCCUGUUGUGGCAAGUUGUUCACAUGUCGGUUCUGCCAUGACAAAGUCAGUGAUCAUUCGAUAGAUAGAAAAGCAACUACUGAAAUGAUGUGCAUGCGUUGUCUAAUUGUCCAGCCGAUUGGGCCAACAUGUAAAACACCUUCCUGCAGUGGAUUUUCUAUGGCAAAGUACUACUGUAAUAUUUGCAAAUUUUUUGACGAUGAAAGGACGGUUUAUCAUUGCCCAUUUUGCAAUUUGUGUCGUGUUGGCAAAGGACUCGGUGUGGAUUUCUUCCAUUGCAUGACAUGCAACUGUUGCCUUGGAAUGAAAUUAGUUGAACACAAAUGCAGAGAAAAAGGAUUGGAAACUAAUUGCCCCAUUUGUUGUGACUUUCUUUUUACAUCUAGUGCUGCAGUAAGAGCUCUACCUUGUGGUCAUUUCAUGCACUCAGCUUGCUUUCAGGCCUACACUUGUAGCCACUACACUUGCCCAAUAUGUAGCAAGUCUUUGGGAGACAUGGCGGUAUAUUUUGGCAUGCUUGAUGCAUUACUGGCUACUGAAGAGCUUCCUGAAGAAUAUAGGGACAAGAGCCAGGAUAUACUGUGUAACGACUGUGAUAGGAAGGGGGUAUCUUCAUUUCACUGGCUUUACCACAAGUGCGACUUCUGUGGUUCAUACAACACACGAGUGAUCAAGACUGAAGCCCACUGCUCAACGUCUAACAAUUGAGUAUCAUCCCUUCCUUCAUCUAAGGCUUCGUUUGGAGCGGUUAUUUUUUUACUGCUUCUUAAAGCAGUUUUUUAGUACAAAAUUUUUAAUAUUUGUACUAAAAAGAUGUUUUAAGAAGCAGGAAGAAAGCCGUCCUAAAUAAAACCUAAGUCUAAAAUAGAGAAAAAUUGGGAUAGAAUAUUUUGAUCAAAAUUUAAUUCAAAUGAAUUUUGAAAUCUUGAAAUUUGUUUUAAGUUGAGUGCAAUAUAUGAAUAAUGAACUCUUAUAUUGUAUUCAUCUCAAAACAAAUUUUAAAAUUCAUCAAGAUCAAAUUUUAGUCUGGAUAUUCUCUUCCAUUUUUUCUCUCUCUAAGUUUUCCUCUUUUUUUUUUUUUUGAAAUUGUGUAAAUAUAAAAUUUUAAACAUCUACAGCUAGCCAAUUCAUUUAUUAAGAAAAUGGAGAGAAAUCUUCGUAGUUGCUCUUGUGAAAUUUCUGGGUAUUUUUAUAUGAAUCCCUUGAUGUUUCACAAGGUGCAACCCUAAUUUAUUUCUUCUGAUCGCACUUAUUAUUAUUUUUGCCUGUUUUGUAAAUAUGACCAUUUAGCACAUUAGCUUAAA